AUGGGAGAGAGCAUCCCUUUAAGGUCGUUAAGCUCUGCCAAGGCGAAUCUGGAAAGGUUAGAGAGUGGCUCACCAAUCUUCUCUCGGGCUCUUCUAGAAUAUGUUGAUCGUGUGUGGACAUCUGGAGAAGGAGGCAAGCUCGUCAUCAACGACAUCAACGGGAAACCGCAUGAGUACAAAGUCGAGCAGCACUGGAAGCCCAAUCAUCAUGAAAGAGAGGGAUACGGACCCUACACUCCAUCCAUUUCAUACAAAAGCUAUCAGGCCCUCGCUGACGACACUCCUCCCUGGUAUAACGGCGACGGCAACACCGUAGACCCCGAAGCCAAAAUAGACUGGCCCCCGAAGGUUCCCAUCAGCGUAGCCUCCUGCAGCUUCUUCCAGGGCACUAGCAGCUUCGAGGAGGUACACGCUGCACACCAAGCGGCAAGCUUACAAUGGCUCGAAAGCGACGCCUGCACAGUUCUCAAAAGAAAGCUGGCUGCAGCACUCUGUGAUACCGCCCCUGUCAACCGCAUCGUCUGCUUCGCUCUGGGCAACCUCCAACGCCACAACGAUAAUGCCUCGCACGCCCAGCACGCGUGCAUCCAAACCCUCCGCGAGAUUCUCCCCAAAGGCGACGCCGGCGAAGCUGUCCCGGUAUGGGUCCAAGACCCAGGCUACACAGACAUCGACAAGCGCAUCCUAACCGCCCUAGACAUCAACGUCGUCGAAGACCCUCAAGGCUUCCUCGCAAUCACGCCAAGCACGCUCGUCAUGUCUCUCAGCCCAGACAUCCCCGUACGCCAGAUCGUCGCCGACGUCCAGUGGCCUGCUGCACUCAUCUGCGACACGAUCCAUGCUGAUGAAACGGACUUCGAGAAGCGCGAAUUUAUCGAUUUUGGUGGGUCAAAGGUGCCUGUCUCGCCGUACACGACAGACCCUUGCUCGAAGCGAGUACAGGCUAUGAUUGAGGGGUGUACGAGCUUCGCCUUCCCGGGCAGCGAGCACUUUGGAGGGACGACUGUGUAUCUGCGGAGGCGUGAGUCGCAAACGGAAUGAGUGAUUGCUAGAUACAGCAAGUGCCAAGUGGAUGGUUUAGCGCUUCUGCAUUGGAGUCGGACGAUGAGUAAGUCGCUUUGGGGUGGAACGAAAUUGAGAACAGCGGUGGCUAUAUCAAAUCCGC